ACGUCUGCAGCCUAGCAGCAGGACAGACAGCGUAAACAAAACAGACAGCUACAAGUCAGCUAAUGCUAAGUUCCGUUAGCUCUUGUUUCGUGAGUAAAAUACGAAUUUGAGCUGCAUUCAGUUACGUAUGAAAUCAUAUUGUAUUUGUAUUAGUUAGCACGGCUAUCAAAUCGCUUAGUAAAAGAGUCACUUAUGUGCUGAGACUGAAGUUAAACGAGUUAACAAGAUACCGUUAUCGCUAGCUACAUUAUCAUUAGCUAACCAUAGGUAACGGGACACGGAUUUAGUAUUUCUGGAAAUGGAUGUUAUCUGAAAUAACCUUAAUUGAUGGUAACAACUUGAUUUAUAAGCGCUGGUGACGCCGACCAUUAAAAAAAGAAAUGCCAAUGCUAACAUAAAUCAGCUCGCUAUGUAGCCACUUUAGGGUGAAGCAUCGAUCCGUUGGCUAAACAGGGUUUGAGACUUGAUCACAGUCAUCUGGACUCGGACUGCGAUGUUUAGCCUGAUGGCGAAUUGCUGCAACUGGCUGAAACGCUGGCGAGAGCCUGCAAGGAAGGUGACUCUGGUUAUGGUGGGGCUUGAUAAUGCGGGGAAGACGGCUACAGUACGAGGAAUCCAAGGAGAGAAUCCCCAGGAUGUGGCUCCGACAGUGGGUUUUUCCAAGGUCGACCUGAAGCAGGGCAAGUUCGAGGUGACCAUCUUUGACCUGGGUGGCGGGAAGAGAAUCCGGGGCAUCUGGAAAAACUACUAUUCAGAGUCACACGGCGUGGUGUUCGUGGUAGACUCCAGCGACAUCCAGAGGAUCCAGGAGUUACGGGAGACCAUGACCGAGGUCCUCCAGCACCCGCGCAUUGCAGGGAAACCUGUGCUAGUCCUUGCCAACAAACAAGACCAAGAGGGAGCGCUGGCUGAAGCAGACAUCAUUGAGAACCUGUCGCUGGAGAAGCUUGUUAACGAGAACAAGUGUCUCUGUCAGAUCGAGCCGUGCUCUGCCGUUCUAGGCUAUGGCAAAAAGGUGGACAAGUCCAUCAAGAAGGGCUUGAAGUGGCUCCUCAACAACAUUGCCAAAGACUACGAGGCCAUCACUGAGCGUGUGCAGAGGGACACGGCCGAGCAGCUCGCUCAGGAGGACCAGGACAAGAAGGAGAGGGCGGAGAGAGUGCGGCGGAUACGACAGGAGAGAGAUCGGCAGGAGCAGGAAGAGGCAGAACGCGAGGGCAGGCAGAUCCAGGAAGAGGAGCUUGAUGAUGAAAACAUGCACAGCCCCUUCCAACCAAUCAGCAACAAGAUCUCUGAGAACGACGACAAAGAGAAGGAGACGAAGAGGCAGAGAGAGCCGCAGGGGGUCAGGACCGACAGCCCGAAGACGGAUGCCGAUCAAGAGGAGUAUGAGGACGACAACGACGAGGAGGCAGACGACACGAGACAAACGCCAGGAAAUGCCAAUCCAGCCCCAACAGGGGACAAAAAGAAGACGAGGAAGCUGCACCUGAAGAGGAAGCACAGGGUGGACCCGCUGAGGGCGGAGGACGGGCCAGCAGAGAGCCCCACCCCUCCACCUCCUCCAGUGGGAUGGGCCACACCCAAAGUCUCUAGGCUGCCAAAACUAGAACCACUCGGGGACUCGAGACAUUCUGAAUUUUGCAAGAAGCCUCUCCCGCCUCUUGCGAACAGGCCGCGGCCUAACGGUGACGCUCAUGACAUCAUUUUUUAACCUCCCUUUUACUGCUUGAGGUCGUCCAAUCACAGCUCUCCCCUUUUUUGCUUUCUGUCUCAAGCGAGCGGCGUGUAGACAAACGCAGAGACGCCGGAGACAAGGCGACCCCCAUGACGUGAGAGUGCGGCCGACACGAAACGCAGGAGCAACAUGGGAAAUGAAGUGCUGCUCCGACGCUGUUGUACGGUUGCACAAACGGACACGAUUCAGUGACUCGUUUGGCGCUGAACUCUUCCCACGACUGUAGACUGAAACGACUUUCUAUUGUUAACGUCAGUGUUAGACGCUAUGGACUCCAAAAUGCUUUUAAUUGACAAAGAAUGUAAAUAUGUCCGCUUUAACCUUACAUAUGUUUAUGUCUGUUACCGAAUAAUGGAUUUGUAUACACGGCGCCGUUAAUUAUUCGUUUCUUUUUGCACCUGUUUGGUUUUGUAAACAAAGGUGCAUCUGGUCUCUUGGAGGUCUUAAGUGCUUUACAUUUGAUCCUUUUUUUAAAGAAACAUUUCUCUUUUUACGACCCUGAAAUGAGGAAGUUGUUUGCUACACUACGCGGUACUGUACAGGGAAAGGAGUAACACUACACCCUUGUUGUUAUAAUUGGUCAAUUUUAGUCAUGGAUGUCUUAACAUUUCACUUAAAUACUGUAAAGUUUUUAUGGCCAUGAAAAGAUUUGUUAAAUCUGUAAUGGGGGAGCAUUUUCUGUCUCUCGCAGCAUCGCAAAAGAUUUGUAUUUAUUGUUAAAAAUGUAAACUUAUGGAAGUAUAUUUGUCUACAGGGCUACAGAUUUUUAUACGCAUUCUGCUGUUUACACUGUGCAUCUGUUUCUAAAGUGAUAUUUCUCUCGAGCCUCAGACGUGCUGCCUCCCAGGCGGCCCCCGAGGUGUGAGCCGCUGUUGUCUCCUGCACCCAUUUCCACUUUGAAAACUGCUGAAAAUAGCUUAGAUUGCAUCUGGAAAAAAAAGCACAAACAACUUGGAACCAAACAUCGCCCCAGUUACGUUUCUGUGUUUGGGGGAAGAGUUUGCAAGUGGGGGCGAAGAGGGAGGAGGAAAUGUCUUUACACCGACACCUGGAGCAGCUGAUACUGGGUCAGAACACAUGAGAGUAUGUGUAGCAGAAGUAAGACCAUGAAAUAUCACUUUAAAACUACAAAGUUAUAUUUCAAAUCUCCAGCACAGCACUCUCUCUCUCUUGUUAAUGAGCUCCAUGUUUGAACAAAUAUUUUUUUCUACCCAGUUUGAAUUUUAUAACCGCACAAUUAAAGAUGUUUUAAAUAUA